UGCGUUGAAGGCUAAGCAGCAAGGCAAACCGAAGCCCGCCAAGAAGAAGAAGCUAAACAUCAUCAAGGUGCAAGCGGCGAAUGUUGAGUACGGUGACGGCAUCAACCCAAUAUCUCGCCUGAUUCAAAUUCAGCAAUCGAAGAAGGAAAAGGAGCCCGUGUACACGUUUCUUUACGAGAAAGGAAUGCCGAGGAAGCGGGAAUUCACGAUGCAAGUCACUUGCGGUGAGCACACGUGCAAAGGAGUGGGCAACAAUAAGAAAAUGGCGAAACGCGCCGCUGCUGAAGCGCUACUGAUUGCUAUGGGAUACGUGAAACCGACGCCGCAACCAGACAAGCCGGCCAUCAAAAAGACUCGAGAAGAGGAGGAAGAAAGAGCCCAGCGGAGCCGGAAAGUGACGUUCGACCCGAAGACAAAAGCACCGAAUGAAGACCAGCCGCGUCGAAUCCCGCCGAAAACCCGAACCGUCGAGCCGAAUCUGCUUUACAUCACGUCGGACACGGCCAAAGAGAAGCGGUCCAAGACGGAGCUGUCGUACUUGGCUGACGUCAUCAAGUUUGCAUUCACCUUCACCGACUUCCCGCAAAAGACGGGCGAGACGGACGGCUUCGUGUCCAUC